AAAUUUCCACGCCGUCUACUUCCUCGAAGCCGUCUCAGAAGCCAGAAGUACAAAGCAAUCCGGUAGAAAUCUUCUUCAGUACAUCCAAAAAGGUCGAUUUGAAGUUUUCCAAAAAAAUAAAAAUUGAGGAAAAGUUAUAGGUUUUUCGUUCUGCCGUUCGAUUCCAAUCCGAUGUCAGAGAAUGGCGGCGCUGUUUCGUCGGCGGCGGAGGUGAACCGGCCCUCGAUAUCACUUCCUCCGCGUUCCACGGUGGAAAGCCUCUUCCGCGGCGGGCCAGCGGAGGCAAGUCCCGGUCCGAUGACGCUGGCCUCGAGCUUCUUUGAACCAGAGUCCGAGUAUCGAUCCUUCUCGCAGAUCCUUGCUGGCGCUAUGGUAUCGCCGUCGGUGUCGACGACGGCGUUCGAUGCUCGUGGAGGAGGUGGAAGAGAGCGAGCGAGCUUGAAUUUAGGGCAUAGCCGGCCGAUGAAUUUGAUGGUGGCGCCGUCGCCGUUAUUCACGGUGCCACCUGGACUCAGCCCUGGCGGUUUGCUCGAUUCUCCCGCAAUGUUCUCUUCUAAUUUGGGACACCUUGGAAUGUCACAUCAACAUGCUUUAGCACAAGUAACUGCUCAGGCUUCUGAUUCACAUUCUCAAAUGCAAAGCCAGGCAGAAUUUCCAUCUUCUCUUUCAUCAGCUUCCUUGAUACAGCCAAUCUCUGCCAUGAAUAUGACCUCAUCCCAACCUAUGCUGUUUAUUACUUCUGGUAAAAAUAUUCAUAAUACCGAAUCUGCUUUUGCCUCCCAUUCUGAUCAAAGAUCUCAACCAGCCGCUAUUGUUGCUGAUAAACCUGCUGAUGAUGGCUACAACUGGCGUAAGUAUGGGCAGAAGCAGGUGAAGGGCUGUGAAUAUCCAAGGAGCUACUACAAAUGUACCCACCCAAAGUGUCCGGUUAAGAAAAAGGUAGAACGCUCCCUUGAUGGCCAAGUGACUGAGAUAAUCUAUAGGGGACAACACAAUCAUGAACGGCCAAUACCAAAUAAACGAUCAAAAGAGGGUGCAGCUGAAGUAAAUGGAAAUACAUAUCCUGAUAACUCCGAAUCACUACAACAAGAUGACCAUUUGAACUUCAACAGAUCAAGUGAUGGUAUGGUGGGUCUAUCUAAAAAGGAGCGAGAAGGAGUUUCUGAGCAAUUAUCAGGUUCAAGUGAUGAUGAGGAACUGGAGGAUGAAGAAGCAGAAGAUGGUGAACCUGAACAUAAGAGAAGGAACUUGGAAACUAGGGUAAUAGAGUCUUCUUCUCAUAGGACGGUAACAGAACCAAGGAUCAUUCUGCAAACAACAAGUGAAGUUGAUCUUUUGGAUGAUGGCUACAGAUGGCGCAAAUAUGGGCAAAAAUUGGUAAAAGGAAAUCCUCACCCAAGGAGUUAUUACAAGUGCACCAGCACAGGCUGCAAUGUUCGAAAGCAUGUCGAAAGGGCUUCAACCGACCCCAAAGCAGUCGUAACGACUUACGAGGGGAAGCACAACCAUGAUGUUCCUGCAGCUAGGAACAGCAGCCAUAACACCUCCAGCAGUGCUGCUGCUACUGCUAGCAGAAGCAACUAUUCAUCUCAUGAUAUCUUACCAAGUAACCAGAACGGUCAAGGAAGAUCAGACCAAAGAAACAAUGUGUAUCGGCCAGUUGCGGUGCUUCAACUAAAAGGAGAACAUGAAAUGACAUAGAAUAUUCAAGCAUACCUUGUGAAAUAUCCUUGGUUUCAGAUCAAUUAUUAUGCAUUUGUUUUCUGCCACUAUGGCUGUGCACAAAAGGUUUGAGUAGUCAGCUUGAUUGUAAAAUUGCAAGAACCAUACAACGUGUAAUUAUGGAGAGAUUAUUCUGUGCAGACACUGGAUUGUCCGGAGAUGAAUGAGAGUGCGCUACGUCAUCUGAUACACAACAAAAAAAUAAUGUGGAUCGCUAUCAUUCGUCUUCAGGCGUCGUCCGGUGUCCGCACAGAAUAAUUAAUCGAAAUUAUGAGCUUAUGUUGUAUUUACCAAUUAUUAUGUUUUUUUUUUGUCAUCAGCAUUAGUAACAGAAUUAAUUGAUAAUUCAUAUGAUACAGCUUGUAAUUCCACACACGAUAAUAUGAAGACAUGUCAAUGCACCAUUUUCUUAUUAUUUCUUCAAAGAAA